AUGGCGGACAAGCUCGCUCGCAGUCAAGACAUUGACGGCGAAUUGUUUGACUAUAUUAUUAUUGGCGAGUAUCCCAGAUCUGGGCUUGGCGGCAGCUCUGCGAUGAAUGUCCUUGCUUAUACCGAACCUGUCCAUGAAGAGAUGGACAUGUUAGAGGCCUUGGGAAACCCGGGCUGGAACUGGGAGACCUUCCAGAAGUAUGCUAAGAAGGCAGAAGGAUUUCGUACGCCCUGCCCUCGUGAGAUCGAUGGUGGCUUCCGAGACCUUUAUAAUUCGGACUCUGUCGGACAUAGUGGUCCACUGACCCUGUCCUUCGCUCCCACUGGAACGGGCGCCGAUGCUGCCUUCCAACAGAGUCUGGCUAAGAAUGGGCUUAGUGUCCUCGCAGACGCAGCUCCUGGAAGGUUCUAUCAACCGUUGACCCAGAUUCGGGCCGUCGUGUGGAUGCUGCAACGACCGAAUCUCAAAGUCCUAACUGAGGCAUAUGUUUGUCGGAUCCUGACGGAGGGAAGAGGGGAGAACGUCGUAGCUCGCGGGGUCGAAUUCAAGCAUGGUGGAAGAAUGCAAAAGGUCUUUGCCGCACGCGAGAUCAUCUUAAUCUUAAAACUGCGCGAUGUGCUUUCAAGAGCCAUCAAGUCCCCUCAGAUUCUCGAACUUAGCGGGAUUGGGGAUAAGGAGAUCCUAGAACCUUUGGGAAUUAACGCGGUGAUCGACCUUCCGGCUGUUGGAGGUAACUUGCAAGAGCACUAUGUUUGUCGAUCACCAUAUAUGCGCAUGAAGGAAGGGAAGGGCCUCAUCUCUGGCCACAUGCUAACUGAUGAACGUGCGGCUGUAGAUGUGAAGGAGAUGCACAAACUGAGCAUCGACUAUACCGUUGUCAUGAACGCCUUCGCCUUCACGCCCUUGCAGACGGUGACAGACAGGGUGCCGCAAAUUAUCGCAAAGAAGAAAGCGCAGCUGACUAGUAAUUGGGCGACUUACUCUCCUGGUCUCCGCAAGCAAUUCGAGCUUAUGCUGAAGCUUCUCGAGAGUGAUAAAGGAGCUGACAUCGAGUACCUGAUUUCCGCCACGGCGUUCAGGCCGGUACCAGAGCCUCAUAAGCCACACAUGGGAAUUACAUCCAAUUUGACGCACCCCUGGUCCCGUGGUGCCAUCCGAACCCCUCCGUUCAGCGAUUUGAUUGACCUCGAGUUGACACCCGGAUCAGCUGUAGACGUUACCACCGAUGAGAAACUGAAAGAAUUUAUUGGGAGAAAUAUUGCUACCACAUGGCACACUUGUGGAACCUGCUCGAUGAUGCCAAAAGACCUCGGUGGGGUGGUGGACCCGGAGCUGAGAGUAUACGGAACAAAAAAUAUGCGCGUUGUGGAUCUGUCAGUGUUGCCGCUCAUGGUAGCGGUUCAUACCCAAGCAAUUGUCUACGGAAUUGCCGAGCAAGGUGAGCAUUUCAUGACCAUCUCAUCAAGAACUCGCCGAGCUGACGCAAUAAUGGCAUUUUAA